AUGGAGAGAUUAGUUUCCCAGAGACCAGAGAGGGAAUGCUGCCACAGUUUCGAUGUAGUGAAACCCUCUUUUAAUCAUUUAACUCUUCAUCAGAUUGACCUGCAGAAGAUGCCGUUGGGAAAACUGAGCAAGCGACAGAUCCAGAGCGCGUAUUCCAUCCUUAAUGAAGUUCAGCAGGCAGUUUCUGACAGUGGUUCAGAAUCCCAGAUUUUGGACCUCUCCAACCGCUUCUACACUUUGAUUCCUCAUGACUUUGGGAUGAAGAAACCACCUCUCCUAAAUAACUUGGAAUACAUUCAGGCUAAAGUGCAGAUGUUGGACAACUUGCUUGAUAUUGAGGUUGCCUACAGCCUUCUCAGAGGUGGAAAUGAAGAUGGAGAUAAAGACCCAAUUGACAUCAACUAUGAAAAGCUUCGAACUGAUAUUAAGGUUGUUGACAAAGAUUCAGAAGAAGCCAAGAUUAUUAAACAAUAUGUGAAAAAUACUCAUGCUGCUACGCACAAUGCUUAUGACCUCAAAGUCGUGGAUAUCUUCAGGAUUGAGCGUGAAGGAGAGAGUCAGCGUUAUAAGCCCUUUAAGCAGCUCCAUAAUCGCCAGCUGCUGUGGCACGGCUCCCGCACCACCAACUUCGCCGGUAUCCUCUCGCAGGGUCUCCGGAUAGCUCCCCCAGAAGCUCCUGUGACUGGCUACAUGUUUGGGAAGGGCAUCUAUUUUGCAGACAUGGUAUCCAAGAGUGCCAACUACUGUCACACAUCUCAGGCUGAUCCCAUAGGUUUAGUUCUACUGGGAGAAGUUGCCCUUGGAAAUAUGUACGAGCUAAAGAAUGCUUCUCACAUAACAAAAUUGCCCAAGGGAAAACACAGCGUGAAGGGCUUGGGCAAAACUGCACCUGAUCCCACUGCCACUACCACCCUUGGUGGUGUUGAGGUUCCCUUAGGGAAUGGGAUCUCAACAGGAAUUAAUGAUACCUGUCUUCUGUAUAAUGAAUAUAUUGUGUAUGAUGUUGCUCAGGUAAAUCUGAAGUACCUGCUGAAACUGAAAUUCAACUAUAAGACGUCACUCUGGUGAACAGUAUUUAGAAGCCCUAUUAGAGUUAUACUGUAGUUACACGAUAGCGUUGACUUCUGACAUGCUUACGCAUUGACUUCUCUUACCAAGAUAUCAAGAGCUAAACUGCAGAAGAGGUUACUAAGUCCUAUUUAGUACUACACUUAGUGAAAGUUUUAUAUAAAUGUGUGGCAACACAUGGACCUGAAUUCUGAUGAGAACGAGUACCCGGUUUUGUUUUAUAUACCACUUCUAAUUUGGGGGCUUUCAAGUGUUCCUUUUAAUUGACCAAACUGACAAAAAAAAAAAAGAAAUAAAAAUCAAGCAUGUUUUUUUUAGCCAAACAGAGCUGGGCAAUAGCAGGAUAAGGAACCUGAGGAUGUUUGCGAUACUUGCUCUGUUAAGGUCUCCUCUUGUUUAAAACUAUACCCUUUUCCAGUUUUCGUUUGAAUAAAUGAUAAAUGUGCAUUUAUUUUGAGGUAAAAAAAUAAAAGCUAAUUUCAUACUAACAUCUUUAUGUUUCAAAACUUCCAAAUUGUUUUGGUUUUGAGUCACAAUUUAAAUGUAUUUGGUAGAAUGUUCUUAAACGUGCUGUCUCUCUCUCUGAAGAUCAAAUGCCAAAUAUUGAAAUCUGUAGUCACGUUUCAGGAAGUCAUGGCGAAAUGAAAAUUUGGACUUUCCACUGAGAUUUGAUCUGUCAACAGUUGGUGUGGUAAACAUGGAAAAUGACUUGUGGCUGUUUGAAUUUAGUAUUAGCCCCAAUAAACCUCCUUGAAAUAUCUACCUUCAA